AAAAGUAGGCGUCGGUUUAAUUGUGAAGCGUCAGUCAUUGUGCAAAGUUCGUGCAGCGCUAAAUUCAGUGAAUUCUGAUAUUCGUCUCUUUAUAUUUCCUUAAAAGAAACUUAAUCAAUCAACAAAAUGUGUGACGAAGAGGUUGCUGCUUUGGUUGUCGAUAACGGCUCUGGCAUGUGCAAAGCCGGCUUUGCUGGUGAUGACGCACCACGUGCAGUUUUCCCCUCGAUUGUGGGUCGCCCCCGUCAUCAGGGUGUGAUGGUUGGCAUGGGCCAGAAGGACUCCUAUGUCGGUGAUGAGGCACAGUCCAAGCGUGGUAUCCUGACCCUCAAGUAUCCCAUUGAGCACGGUAUUGUGACAAACUGGGAUGAUAUGGAGAAAAUCUGGCACCACACCUUCUACAAUGAGCUGCGUGUGGCUCCUGAGGAGCACCCAGUGCUGCUGACUGAAGCCCCCCUGAACCCCAAGGCUAAUCGCGAAAAGAUGACUCAGAUCAUGUUUGAGACAUUCAACACCCCCGCCAUGUACGUGGCUAUCCAGGCUGUGCUCUCUCUGUACGCCUCUGGCCGUACCACCGGUAUUGUGCUCGACUCUGGUGAUGGUGUGUCCCACACUGUGCCCAUCUAUGAGGGUUAUGCUCUGCCCCAUGCCAUCCUCCGUCUGGAUUUGGCUGGUCGCGAUUUGACCGACUAUCUGAUGAAGAUCUUGACCGAGCGUGGCUACUCUUUCACCACCACUGCUGAGCGUGAAAUCGUGCGUGACAUCAAGGAGAAACUGUGCUAUGUUGCUCUGGACUUUGAGCAGGAGAUGGCCACCGCUGCAUCCAGCUCCUCGUUGGAGAAGUCCUAUGAGCUUCCCGACGGACAGGUCAUCACCAUUGGCAAUGAGCGUUUCCGUUGCCCCGAGGCUCUGUUCCAGCCCUCAUUCUUGGGCAUGGAAGCCAGCGGCAUUCAUGAGACCACUUUCAUGUCCAUCAUGAAGUGCGAUGUGGAUAUCCGUAAGGAUCUGUAUGCCAACACUGUGCUGUCCGGUGGCACCACUAUGUACCCAGGCAUUGCUGACCGCAUGCAGAAGGAGAUCACUGCCCUGGCUCCAUCCACCAUGAAGAUUAAGAUUGUUGCACCACCAGAGCGCAAAUACUCCGUCUGGAUCGGUGGCUCCAUUCUUGCCUCUCUGUCCACAUUCCAACAGAUGUGGAUCUCCAAGCAGGAAUACGAUGAGUCUGGCCCAUCCAUUGUUCACCGUAAAUGCUUCUAAGCAGCUAGCACUUAAGCUGGGCGUGGCUCUGUCUGUGUUACGCCUCAUAACCACAUUAUUUAUAACAACAACAACAAGAACAUCUAAGAGUGCGAGGGUUGGUGGCAUAAACAGAGUACACAUAAAGUGGACUAACUUAAUUUUUUUUAAAGCAAGCAAACAAUUUUAUACUUAUUACAAACAUAAGCAAAUUGUCCAUGUCGUGUACUAAACAAUUGAAAUUUAUAAAGUCCUUA